AUUCAAUGUUUUGUUUUCGAAAUUGUAAUUAAGAUGCAAUCAUCAUCAUUAUUGUUAUAUAAUACAUUGAAUAAAACAUAUUGGCAAUUAUAUUUUGAUAUUUAUGGCCAAACACAAGAUAUUAAGCUUCUUUCACAAUUAUCAAUUGAAAAUUUACGUACACACAAUGAAUAUAUUCAACAAUUACAAAAUCGUUUCGAUUUGUUUGUUCGUGAAUAUUUUGGACAAAAUAUGGAACUAAUCACUAAUGAUGGAUUGAUUCGUAUAUUGGUAGAUCUUCGACAAUAUUUGGAAAAAUCACGUAUCAUUGUUGAACUUGCUCUUAAUCGAUGUGGACAACAAUCUGCAACAAUUGAUGUUGUUGAAUCACCACAACCAACAGAAAACAAUGAUAGUCCACUUUUGGAUUGUUGCACCGAAACUCUUAGUGAAUCGAAAAGUGAACCAAAAAGCUUAAAUGCUUUGGCCAAUCCAUUUAACAUUAGUUCAUCAACAAUUUCGAAAACGAUUCCUUGUGAUGAUUGGCAACUUCAAACUACACCCGGAUCUUGUUCACAAUUCUCUAAUCAGAAUGCAGGAGACGAUAAUGAAUCGGUAUCAAGUAUUGCCAAUGAUAAGCCAUCAAUUGAUCCGAUAACAACAGUUCAAUCAUCCAUCAAUUCCAAACCGAAUUAUCGUCCAAAAAAGCCCAUGGAAAUUUUCGAUGAAAAUGGUCAACCUGUUGAUUUGGUUUUAUUAUCAUCAAGUUUGACCACCGGUAAAAAAUUAAAUAAUUCGGAUGAUGAUAUUAUGAAUCAACUUGAAGAAUUAAAAGUGGAAAAAAAUUCCAAAAAUACAGAUCAAAAAAAUUUUAUCGAUAUUUUAUUAGAUGAUUUGAAUGUUUCGAAUAUUGAAACUAAAGUAUCGGAAUUUAUAUCACAAUCAUUUGAUGAUCCAACAGCUAGUGAUGAUAUUGAAAAACAUUUAGAACAAUUGUAUCGUUUUUAUGAUGGCAUCAAUGAUAAUGAUACAUUUGAAAAUAAGUUGAAAUUUUUGAACAAAUUAUUUGAAUAUAAUUUUGUUCAGGUUCCAUUUAUGUUACGUAUGUAUGAUCAUCUUUUACAAAUAUGUAUUGCAUAUUAUCAAAAUCAACAAUCUUUUUCAUCGAAAAAUGAUUUCAUAAUCGAUUGUUUUGCCGAAUUUUUUAAACGAUCACGACCAUUGUUAGUGAAUAAACCUGAUCAAAGCCAAAAUGAAUCAAAUCGAAUUCGUUUUGUUUAUUUAAAACGAUUACAACAACGAUUAUUAGAUAUUCUUCAAAACUAUCAACAAGGUUUUAUGAAAUUAUCCGAAAAGAAUGUUGAAAUUAUUUCGAUGGCCAGUGAAUUCAUUGCUACAAAUCUUUCAUCUAAUAUAACGAAUAGAAAACACAAAUAACAAAAAUAUUAUCGAUCUUUUCUGGCUUUUGUUCAAUACAACGUGUUUCGACACAACUAAGGAAUAUUUGAAUUUUUUUUUCUCAUCUCCAACCAGUUACUUGAUCAAUAUUUCAUUAUCAUAAACAGGAUAUGACGA